AUGUUUUCAUCGAUUUUUCACGAAAAUAUUGAUUUUGAUUCAAAUGAAAAAGAUAUUGAAUCAAUUGUAUUAAAUUUUGUAUCGAAUUCAUUAAAACAAAAUUGGAUAAAAUCAAAUUCAUCAUUAACUAUUAAAAAACUUACUGAUGGUCUUUCAAAUAUACUUUUUGCUGUAUAUUCAUGUGAAAAUAAUGGUAUUAUUGUAAAAAUUUAUGGACAAAAUUCUGAUUUAAUUGUUGAUCGUCAAGCUGAAAUUCGAUAUAUGAUUUAUUUAGCUCAAUUUCAUAUAUCUCCUUCGAUUAUAUUAACAUUUAAUAAUGGAUUUAUUUAUCAAUAUUUACCUGGAAAUCCUAUCUCAAAUGGUGAUGAACAAAAAGCAUUAUUAAUUGCUCGAAAAUUAGCUGAAUUUCAUUCAAUACCAUUAGUAGAUAAAAAAGCAAAAGGUCAAUUAGUAGAAAAAUUACGACAUUAUAUUAAUUUAUUAAAUGGUACUAAUAAUGAAUUAUAUAAACGAAUAAAACUUUCAUCAAGUUCAUAUUUAAAUGAUAUACCAUGGUUAAAAAUAGCUGAUGAUAUUAAUAAAAUUGAAGAAAUAAUUAAUAAUAAAAAUUCUUCAUGGUCAAAUCUAUCAAUUGUUCUUUGUCAUAAUGAUACUCAAUGUUUAAAUUUUUUAUAUGAUGAAAAACAAAAUAAUAAAAUAUCAUUAAUUGAUUUUGAACAUUGUGCAAGAAAUUAUUGGUUAUAUGAUAUAAUUAAUCAUUUUAUUGAAUAUGCUGGUUGUGAUAAUGAAGAACCUGAUUAUGAUAAUACAUAUCCAAAACGUCAUAAACAAAAACAAUGGUUAGAAAUAUAUUUAUCAAAUGCUUCAUUUUUAAAUAAUAAAUAUGAAAAACAAAUGACUAUUGAUGAAUUAUGUGAUUUAGGUGAUUGUUUACGUGCACCUAUACAUCUUUAUUGGUCAUUAUGGGCUUUUUUAGAAGCUUUACUUAAUCCACAAUCAAUGAAAAACUUUGAUUAUAUUAAAUAUGGAAAAUGUCGUUUGAAACAAUAUGAAAAAUAUAAACAAGAUUUUUUUUCUUAA